AUGGUAGAGCAGCAGUCUUCACCCACACGGGUCUUAAGCACGUGCCAACGCAACCGAAAGACCAGUGGACCACGAUUGAACGGGUAAUUACCGCUAAAUCAAGCGGAAUCGGUACGCGUCUGUGAGUUCACCCGCAAGGAUAACGCGAGUUUCGGCUUUGUUUACCAAGGACCUUUAAUUUUGUUUGGUUUUUGUCAAAGCUUUUUCUGUUUUACAAAGGACCUUUGAAGAACUUUUCUGUGCUUUUCAUUUUUUUAAUAUACGUUUGAUAUUAGUGCAGAACUUUCCAAGUUUUCCAAGUGCGACGACAGACUUUAUGAAAUGAAAACGCGUUACUGUUUAAUAAUACACUAAGAGCCGUUUUAAAAAGUCAGGCUGGGAGCUACAUCCGGACCCGUCCCGACACCGGGCGGGUUUUCACCAGUAUUAACGGCAGCGAAAACGCUUUCGCUUCGGGAAAGUUCCUGCGCCGAAGCUUUGUGGAAGAUGCCCCAUAAAGUUUCUUUUACAGAGGAAGACCUAAUGCAUCACGCAUCGAUGGGACAAAGCACGAUUUUUACGCACGCUGCUGGUCAUAGCGGUAUUAAUCAAUUGGGAGGCGUUUACGUAAAUGGGCGCCCUCUUCCCGAUUCUACCAGGCAAAAAAUUGUCGAGUUGGCCCAUUCCGGCGCUCGCCCUUGCGAUAUUUCGAGGAUAUUGCAAGUUUCGAACGGAUGCGUAUCGAAAAUUUUAGGAAGAUGUUUUCCAAGGUAUUAUGAGACGGGUUCUAUAAAACCUAGAGCGAUAGGGGGCUCGAAGCCGAGGGUCGCAACUGCGCCAGUUGUUUCCAAAAUUGCCGACUAUAAACGAGAGUGCCCUUCUAUUUUUGCAUGGGAAAUUCGUGAUCGACUCCUCUCAGAAGGUGUGUGUAAUAACGACAAUAUUCCCAGUGUCUCGUCGAUAAAUCGCGUAUUAAGAAAUUUGGCGUCGCAAAAGGAACAACAGGCGUCGCAGCAAAACGAAUCGGUUUACGAUAAGUUGAGGAUGUUUAACGGACAGGCGCCAGGUUGGGCAUGGUACCCUGGUGCGACGCCGACUCCACACCUCGGCUUACCGCCGGCACCCGCUGCACUUACGACGCAAAUCACUAGAGACGAUUUACAGAAAAGAGGAGACACGAUGCAUGAGAAUACAUCUGAUGGAAAUUCCGAGCACAACUCGUCAGGCGACGAAGAUUCACAAUUACGACUCCGAUUGAAAAGGAAACUACAAAGAAAUAGGACUUCAUUUACAAACGAGCAAAUCGACAGUUUAGAAAAAGAAUUCGAACGAACUCAUUAUCCGGACGUUUUUGCGAGGGAGAGGCUAGCAGAAAAAAUUGGAUUACCUGAGGCACGUAUCCAGGUAUGGUUCAGCAAUCGACGUGCAAAAUGGCGUAGGGAAGAAAAACUUCGCAAUCAAAGGAGAGCGGUGGAGCAGGUGGCCGUGACACCGCCGUCGUCGGCCGCCCGAAUUCCCAUCAAUUCUGGAUUCAACUCGAUGUACUCGUCAAUUCCUCAGCCAAUAGCAACGAUGACGGAUACAUACAGUUCCAUGCCUGGAGGACUAAGUAGCAGCUGUUUGCAACAACGCGAUCCAAGCGGUUAUCCCUAUAUGUUCCACGAUCCACUGCACUCGUUAAGUUCUUCGUAUAAUUCAAGAGCGGCGGCGGCAUGCAAUUCGGCCGUUCCGCAACCAUCGUCGCAUCCAUCGUACGCGGCGGCCGCCCCCACGUCUGCCGUUCCCGUUUCAACAGGUACAGGUGUUAUAUCGGCGGGAGUUUCCGUUCCGGUACAAAUUCCAAGUCAGACGCCCGACUUAACGUCAAACCUGGCGUCGAACUACUGGCCUCGGAUUCAGUGAUCUCAACUUUUCGGAUUUCCUCCGCCCAGAUUUUUGGUGCAUCAGGACAAUCCGAACUUCCAAAACCCAAUAACACCUCCAACGGCGACGGCACCGAACCCUGAUCAGGAAUCGUCAUAAAGUAAGGCUGCAGGCACAGUGUGAGUGUAGUGUUUUUGGAUUUAGUACUCGGAUUGCAGGGUAAACAUGUGUACGAUUGUAUAUAGUGUACAGGUGUAUUGAAAGUUUUAGUAAUUGUGUUCGUGUAGGGAGUGUCUUGAAUAGCUGUCAUUUUUAUAGAUGUAAAAAUGUUCUCAAGAACGGUAUUGAAUACCUUCGCAAUAACAAAUUUCAAAUCAAUUGUGAAGCAAUAACCAGAUUAUUAGAUUUAGUUUAUUGAUGGCACAUGAAGACAAUGCCUAAAUUUUAACGUGCUAUAAACGCACCUCGGUUACAAUUGAGUUUUCUACCUUUCAAUAUUUUCAUCGGUGGCGCACCUUCAAAUAUAUUUAUAAUAAAUUAAUUAGUGAUAAUCCUUUAAAAAUGCAAUAGUCAAAAAACGGGAUAGAGUAUGAAAUAGAUACUUGAUUUACAUUGCUCCAUUUGUUCAUGUAGCUAACAAUAUACUUAAUAAUAAAUGUUGUAACAAUUUUUAUUGCUGUGAUUAUGUUUAAACGAUUAUAUAUUAAACAAUUACGUAGUCUAGUUAGUUGCUGUUUUAAGUGUGUAUUAUAGUAGUAUAUGCACUUGUGGAUAAAUAAAAAGAUAAGUGAA